GGUAAAGGGGCGGACAGAUACUGAGUCAUAAACUGGUUGUAUUUAAGAGUCAGAUUUACCAAGCUAAUGUUGCAGUGCUACAUUUCUAUAAACAACUCGAUGACUUGUUAAGCAAAGCCUCAAUACAGAAAAGUUUCAAUGGCAUUGGUGUCGGAAUUUUUGGGCCAUCUCACACUUGGGUUUGGAGGGGGGAAAGAACCUCGAUUCCCAACAGUGCUACCAGCUGUAAAUUUUGAUCCAGAGAAGGAUGCAAGCUGGAUUGAUACAGCCAUCAAAACUAAAGGUGUGGAUGAAGACUUAAUCAUUGAUAUCCUAACGAAACGCACCUACAACCAGAGAAGGGAGAUUGCUUUUGAGUAUGAAAGGAAAACAAAAAAGGAAAUGAUUGCUGCCCUGAAAGGAGCACUUUCAGGCUCUCUAGAAAAUGUUAUUCUUGGUUUGAUGAAGAACACAGCACAGUUUGAUGCCUAUGAGCUUAGAGCUUCGAUGAAGGGUUUAGGCACUGAUGAGGAGUGUUUGAUUGAGAUGGUCUGUUCUCGUAGCAGUGAAGAGCUGGUGGAGAUUAAAAAAGUUUACAAGGAAUUGUUCAAGAAGGACUUGGAGAAAGAUGUGGCUGGAGAUACUUCUGGUGAUUUUUGCAGGUUGCUACUGUCUUUGGUUGAGACUAAAAGAGAUGAACCCAGCAACAUAGUGGACUAUGAAAGGAUUGACAGUGAUGCCAGGGCCCUCUAUGAAGCAGGGGUAAAGAGGAAGGGAACAGAUGUGGCCACAUGGAUAGCAAUUUUCUCUGAAAGGAGUGUGCCACACCUCCAGAAAGUGUUUGAGAGGUACAACAGCUACAGCCCAUAUGACAUAAAAGAGAGCAUUCAAAAGGAGGUAAAAGGAGAUCUGGAAAAAUCCUUUCUUACGCUGGUGGAGUGCUUUGAAAAUAAACAGCUUUACUUUGCAAAUAAACUCAAUGAAGCUAUGAAGAGUAAAGGCAUCAAGGAGAAGGUUGUGACUCGGAUAAUGGUUUCACGUUGUGAAGUGGACCUCAUGAAAAUCCGCAUGGAGUUCAAGACACUGUUUGGAAAAUCACUCCACCAAGUGAUUACAGAACAUACAAAGGGUGACUACCAGAGAACACUGCUAAACCUGUGUGGAGGAGAUGAUUUGUAAGAAAUGUAGUUAUGUCAUGCUUGCAGUUAUCUACAAAGAAUAGUGAGAACAGUUAACAUAUAUUGAGCUUUGAUCAGCUCUUUUUGUAUUUUGUAUAUUUUGUACUACCCCGCAACAUCGUAUAUCUGCUAUAAAUGACAUUUAGUGCAACUCAGAUGAGGAUGGUUCCCUCUUGAGUCUGGUUCCUCUCAAGGUUUCUUCCC